AUUCAUUUGCCUCACCCCUCCAUUUCUUCUCACCACUUCACUUUACACUUUUGAGAGACAAAUGGCAUUCAUUUCAGUCACUUUCGUCUCUCUCAUUUUCUGUCUACUCAUUCAAUCCCUAGCUGCCUCCUCUUCUCCAGUUCGAGACCCGGAAUUGGUUGUCCAAGAAGUUCAUAGACAACUAAAUGUCUCAAGGAGGAAAUUGGGAUUUCUCUCUUGCAACACCGGGAAUCCCAUCGACGAUUGCUGGCGGUGUGAUGCCAAUUGGGAGAAAAAUCGACAGAAGUUAGCGGAUUGUGCGAUAGGGUUUGGAAAGAAUGCCAUUGGUGGAAGAGAUGGAAAGAUAUACGUUGUAACGGAUUCUGGGGACUACGAUGUCGUCAACCCGAAGCCAGGGACUCUCCGACAUGCCGUCAUCCAAGAAGAGCCAUUAUGGAUCAUAUUUGCAAGAGAUAUGGUAAUCCGAUUGAAAGAGGAGCUAAUUAUGAAUUCAUUCAAAACAAUUGAUGGUAGAGGAUCAAGUGUGCACAUUGCUGGUGGUCCGUGCAUUACUAUUCAGUAUGUGACUAACAUUAUCAUACAUGGAAUAAACAUACAUGACUGUAAACAAGGAGGGAAUGCUAUGGUGAGGAGCUCCCCAACUCACUUUGGGUGGAGAACUCUCUCGGACGGUGAUGGUGUGUCGAUCUUCGGUGGAAGCCACGUGUGGGUAGAUCAUUGCUCCUUGUCAAAUUGCCGUGAUGGAUUGGUUGAUGCCGUUGAAGGGUCCACUGCUAUCACAAUUUCAAACAACUAUAUGACUCACCAUGACAAGGUUAUGCUCUUGGGACAUAGUGAUACUUACUAUAAAGACAAGGACAUGCAAGUUACUAUUGCCUUUAACCACUUUGGAGAAGGGCUUGUCCAAAGAAUUCCGAGGUGCAGACAUGGUUACUUCCAUGUAGUGAACAAUGACUACACCCAUUGGGAAAUGUAUGCCAUAGGAGGAAGUGCUUCACCUACAAUUAACAGCCAAGGCAACAGAUUUCUUGCCCCUGAUGACAGAUUUAAAAAAGAGGUGACGAAACACGAGGAUGCACCAGAAAGCGAGUGGAAGGGUUGGAAUUGGAGAUCCGAAGGCGACCUAAUGUUGAACGGAGCAUAUUUCGUCCCUUCUGGUGCCGGAGCAUCAUCGAGUUAUGCUAGAGCGUCAAGCUUAGGUGCCAAGCCAUCUUCACUUAUUAGUUCCAUCACCUCAGGCGCCGGCGCACUCACCUGCCGAAAGAGCUCUCGUUGCUGAUAAAUUAUGAAUUAUAAGUUAAAAGGUUUGCCACAAGAGAUAGAAAUUUAGGGAAAUGUGUAGGGACAAAAAAGGAGGCCUAGUUUUCACUGUUUGGGAGUGGAGGUGUAAUUUGGUGGCUUUUUCUUUCCACCAAUUUUUACUUUUUUUUUCUUUUUGACUUGAUUGUCAACUACAACCUAGCCUGCUAAAUUUGAAUCAUUGGAAGUUAUUCUUCUAAUUGGUUGUAGAGAAAGCAAGGCAGAAGUGUUGAUAUAUUUUUAUAAUUAUAUAAUAUUUCUAUUUGUAUCGUACUACGGAA